CAAACGCGUCCACAGUCACAUGACCGCGUCUUGCUUGGCGCAUCACAACAUGGAUAAAUAAGGACUUCCCUCCAAUCUCGGGCAGCGCUAACUCAACCGAGGCUACAACAGCUCUGGCUGCUUCUCGAGAACAUCAACGGGGACUUCCUUGACCUGCUGUUUGACGAGCAGCGCUUUAAAUCACUGAAACAACUAUAAUUUUGGUCCUUUUUGGUGGACAAGGGCUCCAUCACGAUCAUUUUGAUAUCCAUAUUGUCUGUGCAUGUCUACUUCUCUACACUCUCCUUCUCGUCCCCUCUCGAGGUCUUCUUCACGUGGCUCCGUGCGUUCUGCACGCGCUUCGAGCCCGUCAAUAACACAAAACGAUACAGUGGCUGUUCGUAAUCAGAUGUCGACCUUGAAGCAUUCUAUUCGACAUCAACAGGCACAGUUACACAGCUUAGAAAAUAAGGUCAUCUUACGCGGAUCACGUCCGUUACCACCUGGCUUUAUGGCACCCUCUCAUUCUCCACAUCCCUCGUCAGAGGAUGUUUUGGAUAUAAGUCCUUGUCCUGUGUCAUAUACCACGAGCUUUUCAACUCCAAAAAUGCAACGUCGUUCCAGUUUUGAUGUUUUGCAAGGCCUCGCUGGUCGCGAGUCAAAUCUUCCGCUCCCGAGGAGAGAAAGUGCAACACCAAUCCUAAAACGUGAUGGAAUCCGCGAAGGUAUCCCCAUGGAUUUCGGCGGCAGUCCCAGUCACGCACUGAACACCAAGCGGAUGUCUAGUCCGACGCGCACACUGAGUCGGAUACCUGUGGCUUCUGUAGGGAAUGCCCGUGCGUUAGCCGACGAUGGUCUCUCUCCAGCUCGUACCUCCCCUCCAGCAAUUUUACCGAUUGACCCUCAUGCUGGCAAUAACUCACACAUUUUAAAUGCCUCCACUUCUUCGCUGCAAGCCCCAUCAUCUCCCAAUAGACGUAUCUCUCUUACGCCUGGAGGGACGACCAAAGUAUUGGCAGAUCUUCAGGCCGGUGUUAUAAAUGCUCGCAACGCCUUGGAAAACACCAAGUCUCAACUUCGGCUGUCACAACGGACUGUUGCACAGUUGACACGACAGACUGAAGAUUUGAAAGAAGGUCGAGAACGCCUCAGACUGGAAAACGAAGGUCUUAACAAUGUUGUGGCUAGAAAGGAGAGGUUGCUGCAAGAGGUUCUUGAGCGAGCCCGCAAAGCUGAAGCCGAGGCAGCAACCUUGAAAUCUUCACUGAAAACGGAGACUGCGACCUCCAAAAAGUCCCUCCGCGAGAUGGAAUCUGCUCUUGCUGAAUCAACGGCGCUUUCUCAGAAGGCUGAACGCGAGUAUAUUACCUUGCGCGAUAGCAUCAAAAGUAUGACCGAGAGUUGGAAGCAUGACACUGAUAAACUUCGUGAAGAGAUGCGGAAGCGCGAGGACAAGCUGAAAAAAGAAGCCGAAUCUAUUGGCAAGAAGUAUAAACUUCUCGCAGAUGAGAUGAAGGAGGCGCAGCGUCAGCAAGCUUUCGUGAAGGACCUCAAAAAUGAGGACCAGAAAAUCAGGAAAGAGGUUGAAGAAGAGUUCCGCGAGGAGAUCAUUAAACUGAAGGCGCAAGUUGAACUUCAAUCUCAUCAAAGUGACGAGGCAGUUGAAACGGCGAGAACUUUGGCGAGUGAGCUGGCUCGCCUUCGUCGUUUGAUGCAGUCUGGUACCAAGUCCCCUCCACCUGACACCGAAAACCCGCCUCCCUGAUCUAGAUUUCUCCGUUCGUUGCGUCGUAUGACUGUCCAGGGGGCCCUAUUCACUGACAUGGACAGCCAUCUCAUGUAUAUCACACACACUCAUUCACACUUUGCAUAUUUUACACCCUUCUAGCCCUGCUGUCAUAUACCUACUAGGAUAAAUUCAGAUGCUGACUUGUACAUGGCG